GGAUCGAGCUGCCUCUGCCUGUUCUCCUUCUGUUCCCGAUCUGUGUAUUCUCCUGAAGUAUCUUGUCACCAAUAGCGUUUCACUGCGGAACUCUUUCAACCCGGUCUUCGUCAGCGUCCACAACCUUUGCUCGUUCUUCAGGCCCAUUCCAGAAGUGAUAUUUUCUCAUGGCUUCCGUGACCGCUCUCGCUGGAUCAUGGGCCUCGCUGCCAACGCCCUUAACAUCAUGGGUGUUUGAUGUUGUUCAGUCCAUGGGGCACACGCAGAUGACACCUGUCCAGUCGUCUACCAUUCCUCUGUUCAUGAAGAACAAGGAUGUUGUGGUCGAGGCAGUGACAGGUUCCGGAAAGACGCUAGCUUUUGUCAUUCCAGUCCUCGAACGCCUCAUCAGACGAGACCACAAACUUCGAAAGAACGAGAUCGGGGCGCUCGUGAUCAGUCCAACAAGAGAAUUAGCUUCACAGAUACAUUCAAUAUUCUCCCUUUUUCUAUCAUCACAGCCAGGAACUGAGCACCCUGAUCCCGAUGAGGACGUCCCUUCAACAUCCGAACCGUCCUCUUCAACUCGACUACCUCCACCACUACUUUUAGUUUCUUCCGCGCAAUCGUCACCCGUCCAAGACGUCCAGCGGUUUGUAGCCACGGGUGCAGACAUCAUCAUCGGCACGCCAGGGCGUGUCGAGGAGUUUUUACUUGGUAAGGGCAAGAAUGCCGUGAGUACCAAAGAGCUGGAGGUGCUCAUACUCGAUGAGGCCGACCGGUUACUUGACCUCGGAUUUCAACAGACGCUCACUCGUAUCCUCAUGCACCUACCGAAGCAAAGGCGCACGGGCCUAUUCAGCGCCACAAUGACAGACGCCGAUGCCCUGUCGGAACUCGUCCGUGUCGGUCUUCGUAAUCCUGCGAGAAUCGUCGUGAAGGUCCAAUCAAAGGCUAUUGCAGACUCGGGCAGAAAGCUCGGUCUGGGUGGUGAGGAGAGGAGGAUUCCCGCUAACCUAAAAAUCUUCUAUGUCCACUGUCGAACGUCGGAGAAGCUGGUCCAACUCUCACGAAUCAUCUCACAAGAAACCACACAAAACGGGUCCUCGCGUUUCAUCGUAUAUUUUGCGACAUGCGCAUGCGUCGACUACUUCUAUCGCACACUGCCUUUAUUCCUUUCUGACAACGCUAAUCUCUACUCUCUCCAUGGGCAUCUUCCCCCGGCCGCCCGAACCCGUACCCUGAGCUCCUUUGCCGAGUCAGUUUGCACACCCUCCUCACCCUCCAUACUCCUUGCGACCGACGUCGCCGCAAGAGGACUAGACCUUCCGGACGUAGAUGUGGUCCUUCAGUUCGACCCACCAUCGGACACAAAGGCAUUCUCCCACCGGUGUGGACGCACCGCUCGAGCAGGUAAAAGUGGAAGAGCCUGGGUUCUUCUCACCGGUCGAGAACGAGAGUACGUCGAUUUUUUGGCCGUAAGGAAGAUCCCCCUGAAGCAGCGCCCAUACCUUCUCGAUGAUAACUCCGCCGCUCCCUCGAACGACGACGACCGUGUCGAAGACGAAGCGGUCCCCGCGUACUUAUCCAAAAUACGGGAACUGUUACUGAGUGAUCGUGCCCUUCAUGAUGCAGCGGCAAAGUCAUUCGUGUCGUUCGUGCGUGCCUAUAGCAAACACGAGGCGUCUUAUAUCUUCCGGGUGAAGGACCUGGAUCUGGUCGGCGUGGCAAAGUCAUUUGGGCUGCUUCGCCUUCCGAAAAUGCCGGAGUUCAAGGGGGAGGAUAUUGGCGAUUGGAAGGAUGCUAAUGUUGACUGGGAUGCAUACACCUAUGCGGACGAAGCUCAAGAGACAAAACGGCUAGCUGCUUUGGAAGAAAAAGCGUCGAAGAUCUCUGCACCUCGGCCUCCACCUCCUGACAAGACGAAAUACGUGCCGUGGAGCAACAAAAUUAGCAAGCAAGAAGAAAAGGAGAAGAGGCGUGAGAAGAAGGAUCGUAAGAAAAAGUGGCUGAAGGCCCAGACGGCCACAGAGUCAGGUAAAGAUAGCGAAGCACCCUCGGCCUCAAAGAGAGGGCGUGAUGAUGAUGCGGUAGCGUCGGGGAACGAUGAGGAUGAUUGGGAGGAGCUUGCACGGGAGGAGAGGAUGGCCAAAAAGCUGAAGAAAGGUGAUGUCAGCCAGCGCGACUUUGACAUGGAGUUUGCGGAGUUGUAGUGAUGUAUCAUUCCAUGCUACAUCAUCGUGCCCAUCUAUCGCGUAGUCACGACCCCCUUGACAGGAUCUCCAUUUUGUUGAUUUAGAACGGGACAUCUGACUCGCCUUCUCUCGUUUUCGCACGGUUAUCAAUGCAUGUUUUGCUGCAAGAGGUGGGUCGGUGUCCACGACGACUUCAUUGUACCUCUUAGCAGCGUCCUUUCC